AUGGAUGCGGCCCGGCUGCCGAGCGACCUCGCCGCAGCCUGCCAUGCAUCUGCUGUGCUCCUCGCGCAGCAUGGACAAGCUCUGCAGCAGGUACUGACAGGCUUACAGGCGGUCCUGGCUCAGGCUGCAAAGGCUGCUGAGGUGCCCAAACCAGACAGCCACUGCAGCUUAACCACCUCCGGAGAGCAAGAGAAGAAAGAGGACGAGCCGCUAGAAGUUGUCGUCGAGCCGAGUCACGGAGGAGACACAGGGAAGGGUUCGAAGCAAGCCGGGCAGCCUUGUGAGACGACUGAUGCUGCAGAAGCCACUCCGACGGUGUCGUCACAGGGCAACGGCUGCGACGGCUGCGUGGCGUGUACGCCGUGCACGCCGUGUGCACCACAGGCUCAGCAGGCUCAGCAGGCUCAGCAGCCCCAGGCAUCUUCAGCAUGUCCGAGCUGCCCUCAGCAAGCAAAGGGCUGCGGCAAAGGUCAACGAUGGGUACCAUGGCCCAAACUCUACGAUCCGGAGCCGCGUUUUGAUGGUUGGACAAGCUUGGAGUGGAAAGAGUGGGUCUCUUCCAGCUGUGGCUCUCGGUGGUGCUACAACAAGAAAACCGAAGCCGACAUGCUAGCAGAUUGGAUGAUCGAAACUUGGGGCCUCGUAAACCUUCAACGAGGAUCUGGCGUUCUGGACAUCGGUGGUGAGCCUGGAUUCCUCGCUGCAUCGCUUCUCGAUCGAGGUAUAUCUGUGACAGUGGUCGAUGCGCAUUGGGGGAAGACGGGCAAGAGUAACAGCCACACGCAACUGCAGGAGGCGAAGGCGGAUGGCCUGCUGUCACCUCAACUCCGGGCUAUCUGCGCCACCUUUGAUACAGACUUCAUAGAAGAGCACAAAGACCUGGUUGAGAAUGCGAGUGCCAUUGUGUCCCUGUAUGGAGACGAAGCAACCACGCCUUGCCUGCAGUAUGCAGCCAUCGCAAAGAUACCUUGUGUAGUGAUACCCUGCAACGAGUGCGUGCGCCUCUACCCGCCCCACCAGCGCAACUACGAGGGCUAUUGCCAGGCCCUUUUGUCCUUUGCCAACGAUCAGGGUGGCCGGUUCCAGCGUGCAGCCCUGGAGGGUGCACCGUUCUCCCGCAUGCUGUUGGUGCAGCUUCCAGACUCUGACGAGUUUCGGCAGUCAAUGGAUCCUUUUGCUGCUGCGGAGUGGGAUGGGGUGUUCGGCCUCGCUCAGUCCCUCAGUGACCAUGUGGAGUUCAACGUGGUGCAGAAUCUCCUGAAAGGAGGAGUGAACAUGAAGAAGCCGGUGUUUGCAGUCUACCUCGGGCGACGGGUCGAGGACGAAGCCGAAGUCACGUUCGGAGACUACCAUGACAGUCGCAUGGCGUCGCCGUUGCACUGGGUCAACAUUUCCGAAGAAGGCUACUGGCAGUUUCAGUUUGACGACAUUACCGUCGACGGAAAGCCAACUGGCCUGUGCGCGAGGCACGGAAAGAGGCGUUGCCAGGGAGUCCUGGACACCGGCAGCUCACUCCUGAUGGGGCCGAGAAGCGAAUUGGAUACCCUCCUCGAGUUGCUGACGUUUCAGGGCGGGACCCAGAUGCACUGUGCUGCAUCGAAACGCUUUCCCAAGCUUGGCUUCCAGAUUGGCAAGCACGCAUUCGAGAUGGAUGCGGAUGAUUAUAUCGAUCGAUCUGGUCCUGAGCAACCCGAUGGUGUGGGCAACUGUUGGGCGCACUUAAUGCCAGUGGGCGACACUGGCAGAGGAGCUGUUUUCGUGCUCGGGAUGCCAUUUCUCAGGGCUUUCUACACGGUCUACGAUGUCGAGGCCAAAAGAAUUGGCAUUGCCAAGGCGAAGCAUCAGUCAAAGCAGGUCACCAGCGACUCUGCAGACGUGAAGCUUGUGUCCUUACGGCCGAGCGGCAACAACCUGCAGGGGAAGGCCGAGGGACGGUUGUCCAACGAUCAAGACCCAAAGGUCAAAGCUUGA